AUGUUUAGUUACUCAGAAAUUUUGGAGUUACGAAGUAGUGUUAAGCUGAAAACAUAUCGUUUAUAUAAAAUAUUUAAUACAAUGCGUCAUCAAUACCAUUUAGCUGAUAAACAUUUAUUACUUAUUCUAUUUGGAUUUAUAUUAUUUGUCAGUAUAAUGUUACUCGGUUUAAAUAUUGGUGAUCCAUUUUUUAUUGAUAAGGAUCAAUAUCAUAAAUCAUCAGAAAAUGAUUAUCUUUAUUGUUCAUCAAACCAUCAAACAACUAUUUAUAUACCUUUUACUCUCACUGUUCGUUUUUCACUAUUAUUAUUAACUUCUGUGUGUGCUUUUAAAAUUCGUCAAAUACCCGAUUCAUUUAAUGAAACAAAACAACUUAGUCUAACAGUAUAUAAUCUAUUAUUUUUAUCUAUUUUAUUACCUGUUUUAGAUGGUAUUCUAGGUCGGGGUACAACACAAGGAACUUUAGCACAUGGUUUAUGUUUAUUUGUUAUUUGUUUAAUUACUAUUAUAAUUAUGUUUGCUCCAAAAUUAUUACUUCUUUACAAUAAUAGAAAGGAACAAAGUACAAGAAGAAAAAGUGUAGUAGACAUAUUUUCAUCUACAUUACAAAGACAUAAAAAUUUCUAUUCAAAAGACUUGAUUCGUCGAAGAACAGUAACUAAUUAA